GCCAUAAUCAAUCUCGCACACUCUGCGACCCUGCGAGUUAACUUGGGAAUAAUGGAGGGGAAGACGAGGGAAGAGGUGGAGAAGAGCGGGAUGAUCGACACGUGGUUGAGGAAGCACCGACUGAUUUACACCGGAGCUACCAGACACCCUUUGAUCCUCAGCAUUCGAGAUGGGACCGUUGAUCUCUCCGCCUACAAAAGAUGGCUGGGACAGGAUUACAUAUUUGUUAGAGCGUUUGUCCCAUUUGUAGCAAUUGUAUUGAUUAAAGCUUGGAAGGAGUCCGAUGAUGCUGCGGAUAUGGAAGUCAUGUUGAGUGGUAUGGCAUCUCUAAAUGAUGAGAUUGCGUGGUUUAAGAGUGAAGCUCCCAAGUGGGGUGUUCAACUGUCUGACAUUGUCCCUCAGAAGGCAAAUCAAGAAUAUUGCCGAUUUCUGGAGAGUUUGAUGAGCCCGGAUGUCGAAUAUACUGUAGCUAUCACGGCGUUUUGGGCCAUUGAAGCCGUCUAUCAAACAAGCUUUGCAGUUUGCCUGGAGGACGGCUCCAAGACCCCAGCAGAACUGAGGGAGACUUGCCAAAGAUGGGGCAAUGAUGGUUUUGGUCAGUACUGUAAUUCUCUAAAGAAAAUUGCUAAUCGGCGUCUAGAGAAGGCAUCCGAUGAUGUGCUCACGGCAGCUGAAGUAGCAUUACUACGUGUUUUGGAACAUGAGGUUGAUUUUUGGAAUAUGAGCCGCAGUGAUGCCUGAUCAGCCUUAGCUUCAGAAAUCUCAAAUGAUAUGAGCUGUAUUUUGUUGAUACUUUCCAGCAGAUGCUAUGACAAGCUGCAUCGGAUUGACCAUAGGCUCCAGAGUCUUCCUCGGUGCAUUUGCCGAGAGCCCAAGAAUAUUUUGUAUAAGCGAGUGCAAGCAGCUCAAACGCUGAGCCAAGCUCAUCUUUUCAGCUCUCAAAACGUUGUUCUCCGACUCGUUGGCAUGCCAUCCUUUCUCUCUUUCAGAGCAGAGUCGGUUAUUGUUCUCAAGCUCUCUCAACAGCCUGCCCUUUUCGUUGGCCAAGUCUUCCACCAUCUUCUGCUUCUUCAUUCGCGACCGCCUUGCCGACUCUCUAUUCGACACCAUUCUCUUCCUUUUCUUCUCAUCCAUUGAUGCGCACUUCGCAUCAAUUUCAGACCCCAAGCUCGUCACUGCUUGUGUGGUUGACAUCUUUUCCUCUCCACAAAGUUUAGCUUAAAGAAAAGAGAGAAAUAUGAAGCUUGUUCAAGAAAACACGUAGAGCCAAUAUAGUAAAAGGACUGACACAGAAUGGUAGAGAAGGACAUGAGGAGUGAAGUUCAUAUCACAAUUGUAUCUCUACAGAUAAAUCGCAAAAACCACAGAAAACAUGACCAAAUUGACGGAAAACUUGGAAUAUUGAAGCAUAGAGAAUUGGAAAGAGUGAAUAAUAGAAGAGAGCCCAGAGAGGGUGGAAGAUUUGAAGGCUGAGGGAAUGGGGUAUUUAUAACAACAGGGGAGUUGAUCUCUUAACUCUUAUCUCUAAAUUAUUCUGGAUUUAUGUGAAUUAAAAUGAAAAGUGGAGGGAAUAUUUGCUGGAAAAGCGUGAGAAAUUAGUUUUACAGUUGUGUUGCGUGAUAGUUAUGGAAGUUUAUUAGUAGUAUUGUUUCUGAAAUAUCCUUAUAUUUCUUCUUUUUUGUUGGAGAUUAGAUUGAUAAUAACAGGUUGUGUUUUAAGUACAA